AUAUUCCAUGUGCUAUCACUGAUUGUCCCAAUUAUUCUUAUGGUAAAUUUUGUGCAGACCACCGAGCGCUUAUGUCAUUAGGUGAUAAGCAAAGAGAAAGAGAGGAAGAGAAAAUUACGGAAAGGGAUAUUCAACACCGGGGUGUUAUAUCUCAAAGACUCCUCAAAAACUUUAUGUUAAUUAAUCUGCUAAAAGAG